GUGGAGUGGUCCAGCAACACAACGGUGUCCUUCCCACUCACAGUGCACACACACAAUGACAGUCUCACAUGCUCAUGUCAGAGAGGCACUGCGGCAUUCCCUAAAAUGUACACUAAGUCACACACCCACAAAGAGGAAAAGAAAAAACACAAAAGAAAAGAACAGCAACAACAACAGGAUACAAACAGCACACAAAGCACACACAGUACAAUAAUCACAGCUUCCACUCCCAUCAGAGAAAAACAUUCACCCACACCAGCACAUCAACACACCCAAAAAGAAAAAAAACAGACCCAUUACGUGAAGCCGAAGCGGACCAGUCUCAGUCCCUCCCCACAGGCUGCAGCCACUCAAACAAGCCACACAACAAACAACACACACCACAAGGGCACAAAUAUGUUCGUGGCAAUGCCGUGUGAGUGA